CCCAUCGCCUGCACAAGACCGCCCGGGCAACAUUUCCGCCUGUCCCUUUUUGCAGCCCUCCCCACCCUGUCGCGAGUGCAGACCCAUCAGAGCCCAGGGAUAGCAAGAGCCACAGACUAGCGUGGUUCAGCGCACCGGGCCGCUCCAAUUGUCUUCCCCACGGCCAGGCCCCUCAGUCCCCUCCUCUGACCCUUCCCGUUCCUUCCUAGGCCUUUUCUGCUCCUCAACCUAGGCUCUCUCGGAUCCUCUGUUUCUGAUUCUUCUCUGUCCCCAAGUCCAGCCUCUCUUGUCCUCACCCUGGUCGCCUCCUCCCGGAUCCCCGCCACCCUCUCUGCGUACCGGGUGACGCAGCACCGCCUCCCGCUCCCGCCUCCCCGCGCCACCGCCGUGCAGACUGCAGGGGCCGCUAACGGUCCCGCGCCCCCCGGCGUCCGCGCGCCCCGCGCCCGGCGGACGAGGCCGCGCCGGCGGCGAUGGGCGCGAUGGGGGCGGCGGAGCCGCUGCACUCGGUGCUGUGGGUGAAGCGGCAACGCUGUGCCGUCAGCCUGGAGCCCGCGCGGGCUCUGCUACGCUGGUGGCCGAGCCCGGAGCCCGGGCCCUCCGCGCCGGGUGCUGAUGCCUGCUCAGUACCAGUGUCAGAGAUCAUAGCGGUUGAGGAAAAAGAUGUCCACGAGAAACAGUCCUCCAGUGGCCGAUGGCAUAAAAUGGAAAAUCCAUUCGCAUUCACAGUCCACCAUGUCAAGCGAGUACGACACCACCGCUGGAAGUGGGCACGGGUGACCUUCUGGAGCGCCGACGAGCAGCUGUGUCACCUGUGGCUGCAGACCCUUCGUGAGCUGCUGGAGAGCCUGACUUCAAGACCAAAGCACUUGCUGGUAUUUAUCAACCCUUUCGGAGGGAAAGGUCAGGGCAAGAGCAUCUAUGAAAAGAAAGUGGCGCCUCUGUUCACCUUGGCUUCCAUCACCACCGAGAUCAUCAUCACUGAGCGUGCCAACCAAGCCAAGGAGACUUUAGACGAGAUCAACACAGACAGCUAUGACGGCAUCGUGUGUGUAGGCGGGGAUGGCAUGUUCAGCGAGGUGCUGCACGGGGUCAUUGGGAAGGCGCAGCAGAGUGCUGGGAUUGACCCCAAUCAUCCCCGAGCUGUGCUGGUGCCCAGUACCCUCAGGAUCGGCAUCAUCCCUGCAGGGUCCACAGACUGUGUGUGUUACUCAACAGUGGGCAUAAACGAUGCAGAGACAUCAGCUCUGCACAUCAUUGUUGGGGACUCACUGGCUAUAGACGUGUCCUCCGUGCACCACAACAGCACGCUGCUGCGGUACUCGGUCUCCCUGCUGGGCUAUGGUUUCUACGGGGACUUAAUCAAGGACAGUGAAAAAAAACGGUGGAUGGGCCUCGUCAGAUAUGAUUUCUCAGGGCUGAAGACCUUUCUCUCUCAUCAGUACUAUGAAGGGACAGUGUCCUUCCUCCCAGCGCAGCACACGGUGGGAUCUCCACGGGACAAGAAACCCUGCCGGGCCGGGUGUUUCGUGUGCAGGCAGAGCAAGCAACAGCUGGAAGAAGAACAGAAGAAAGCCCUCUAUGGCCUGGAGAACACUGAGGAAGUGGAGGAGUGGAAAGUGGCGUGUGGGAAGUUCCUGGCUAUCAAUGCCACCAACAUGUCCUGUGCUUGUCCUCGGAGCCCUGGGGGCCUGUCCCCAUAUGCCCAUCUGGGAGAUGGAUCUUCUGACCUCAUCCUUAUCCGGAAAUGCUCCAGGUUCAACUUCCUGAGAUUCCUCAUCCGGCACACCAACCAGGAGGACCAGUUCGACUUCACUUUUGUUGAAGUUUAUCGAGUCAAGAAAUUCCACUUCACAUCAAAGCAUGUGGAAGACGAGGACAAUGACUUGAAGGACCUAGAGAAGCAGAAGUUUGGGCAGAUCUGCAAGGACAACCCCCCUUGCGCCUGCUCAGCCUCCAGAAGCUCCUGGAACUGUGACGGGGAGAUCCUGCACAGCCCCGCCAUCGAGGUCAGGGUCCACUGCCAGCUGGUGCGCCUCUUUGCUCGGGGAAUCGAAGAAGAGUCCUAAAGGAGAAUCCCAAAGCCCAGGAGCCGUCUGCCCUGAGCUUGGGGAGUGUGAAAAUUAAGAAAAUUUCGACAGACCAAUUAUGUUGAUAUAUCCAUUCGAAUUUAGAAAUUUAUUUUUGAUAGGUAAAUCUUGGUUUUUAGAAAAGACAGCCUUGUCAACAAUUCUGUAUGCAUACCUGGCACCCUCGGCUCCGCGUGUACGCCCGCACCUGCGCCACUUUUCACUUGUUCUCAACAAAUGGCACUUGCUGGUUUGUGGCAUCGGCUUCCUAGAUUUUAGCCAUGCCGACCAUGCAGAUUUCAAGACGGCCCUUUAGUGGCUCCACUGCAAUAAUUUUAGGGACAUUAUACCAUAACUAUGUCCCAGGAAUCAGGUUACACCGCCUGGACACACAGGUUCAUGACCCGGUCAUCCUGACCCCUUUGGUGAGACUUUCUCUGGAGUCGUCCGUGACCAGGUUUUGGUUUUGGUUGUCUUUGCCUCCGCUUUAUACCUACCCUCAUUUACAAUCAGGAUGUCGCUAUGUGGCCACCGCAACUGUAACUCAGCAAGGUCCUCCGCACAGCCACGCCUGCAGAGCAAGGCCAUGUCACUGCAAGAAGACACCCAGGGUGAUGUCUCAUCCUCGGGAUCCCCACAUCCGCCGCCAUCACAGCUGCAUCCUGUGAGACAAUCCAGCAAAGUACCCACUUGGAAGCUUCAUUGUGUCAGCCCUGGUAGCCUGCACACCCUGGCCAGGGCAGUCUGUGAAGCACUGGCUAAGAGGAGGCUCUAUUUGGAAUCAGAGCACUUCCAUAGCUGGGUUUUGGGGUGGGGGGGGGUGGGCAGCUGGCACACACAGAGGGUACUUUGUGAGUUCAAUACCACCCUUACCAGUGGGAUGGUGGAUACCCACUGUCACCAGCGGGAUGGUGGAUGAUCUCAGGUCACCCCCCAGGUACUCUGGUGCAAUCCUUGUCUGUUCCUGGGUCCACAUCCAUUCUUCCCUCACCGUGGAUUCUGUUCCAUGUACUUAUUCACAGCUUUCUCCUUGUCCAUCUAGUCUCGUGUCCAACAUAGUCCACGUCUUGGCUAUUUGUUCUGUCUUCACAAGGGGGCUGCUGGCUGCUCUGGCUGAAGCCCUGGGCUCAUGACCAGUUUUCCUCUGAAGGCAUUCCUGACCCAGGGGCUUCUCAGCCACACACUAUGGCCUGUGCUGUGUCUCCAGACAGACACAUCUGGAAUGUGUGUAAAAGGGUUUUAUGUGAAAUUCAAGACUACGCAGCUUAAACUUGACUUGCAAACAGGGAAGGGCACUGACUGUUACAAGAGUAGGUUUUAGGUUCUACAUUGGGGAAAGUAUGCAUCUCAGGCGGGUCCUGUUACUCGCUACAGAGUUCUGUAGGCUGCACCGCUUUCUAGGUGCCCUUGCACUGACUUCUGUUUUGAGGCAUAUGCACAAUCUGGUUAGUAUUCGGUCCCAUCCAGACAAAAGAGGAGCCGUAAAGGCGGCUAUGUUUAGGGACCACUUUAAAGGCAAUUGUGCGGUGGUGCUAUUUAAUGAUCAUCGAGUUAGAAAGCUGGCUAGAAAGAGUAAAUGCACCUAGCAAUUUCUAUCCAGAUCUGUCCCUGGAUGGGCAGAACCCAAAGGUGUCAGACUAGCAGCUCUAUGAGUAGGCAGGCAGCCCCAGAGCAGAGUCAAGGCAGAUGCUCGGUUGGCCACCUCAAUGUGCCCACUCACUCCUGGCAUUCCAGAGGGGGCUCAGUGCCUGAGGCAGCUGUGGGUGCCCCUGGAUCUCAGGAACUGCACUCUCCUCCAGGGAUUCAGAUAUUCACUGGCCUCGCCUACAUGAUACCCAUACCCUGGUCCACCCCUGCCACUGCCAGUUCUGGGGGAGAGAUGCAGACAGAGGAUGCUUUGAUGGUGCUUAGCAGUGCAAGCCACGUUCAGAAUCUCCAAUCUUGGCGCUAUCAUGGAGCAGCAUGAGUGUCAGACACUUAGGACCCUUGACACAGGUGCUCAGGAUGGGAGGGAGGCCCCUGACAUUCCCAAGCAGUAGACAGUCUCCAUGACGCUUUUUAGAUGUAAUACCCCAACCUCCGGGGGUCUUAGGUAUUUUAGGAGAAAAAAACAGGGGUAAAGGUUAGACGGUGGCAACUUAGGAUCCUGUAGGAGGUCUGGUCCAUGUUUUAACUCCCUCUGUAGCCCACCGGUGCCCAACGGUUAGGCAGCAGGUAUAAGCGGUAACUUAUUCCUGUUUAUGGAAACUAAGCAGCGGGAGUGGGGAGUGGCUGGUUUCCCAGAGGAUGCUUCAUUCCUCAAUGCAAUCUCCUGGAGCUGGGAGCACUGACGCAAGAAUGGCCCAAUAUGCCUCCUGAUCUUGCUGGCUUCAAGAUUAGGAAGUGGCAUAUUUGAUCUGAUAUGUUUGAGAAGACAAAUAAAUAAAUAAAUAAAUAAAGUUACUUUGGGCAGAAUAUGGCUUCCCCUCCCCCAUCUUUUACAA